AGCAUCGCCACCGUCCAACAACACGGAGGAUACUAUCUCUCGCUCGGGGCAAGGGACCUGCCGCGACGGUCCGCAUCGAAUCGGCCGCAGCGUGUGCCGGCGUUGCCCGCUAACAUUUCCGUCGCCCGCCGACCGUAGUCCAUCGUCCUUAACCCCUACACCGGAACUUGGCGGCCGUGGCUGGCCACGACACCGCGUGGGGUUCGUCUUUAGUGCCUUCGAGUGUUUCUUCAACCCUCCUGCAGCCUUUGCUACUGCCGCUGGUUGUGGGUGCUGGCGAGUCACGACGGCCGUCUACUCGCCCCCGGAGGCGUGAAGACACGGCUUCUCCAGAGAGCUAUGGCCCAGGCCAGCAGGAGCCGUAUCAUCGCAGCCGCGUUGCUGUGUUUCGUUGCAAAGAGGUCCGUAGCGGGACCCACAACUGCCAUCCGGCUGGAAGAGUUGGAGCGGCCCUUCUUCAACAUUGCGCACAUGGUGAACUCCAUCAAGGAGGUCGACCAGUACCUCCGACUGGGCGCCAACGCCAUCGAGGCUGACGUCACCUUCCAGAGCGACGGCACAGCCAAGCAGACCUUCCAUGGGAGUCCCUGCGACUGCUUCCGCAACUGCUACAUGCGCGAGAACAUCGUCGACUACCUCGAGUACAUCCGCAAGGUCACCGGAACGGCGGACGCGAAAUACAAGAACCGGGUGUCGCUGCUCUUCCUGGACUUGAAGGUGACUGACCUGCCUGCACCAAGCAAGCUCAAGGCUGGAAAGGACAUCUCCAAGAAGCUUCUCGAACAUCUGUGGUAUAACGUCGAUCCAAACAACACUGUGAACGUGCUGCUGUCUAUUGGACACGUCAGUGAUAAGGACGUAUUCAAAGGUGUCGUGGAGACCUUGAUGAAGAAUGGCGAUCCAGUCAUAGCAGAAAGAGUAGGUUUUGACGUGGGCCUAAACGACCCGCUGGAAGACAUAUCCAAAAUGUACAGCGAGCUGGGCAUUGAUCACAACAGAUGGCAGGGCGACGGCGUGUCCAACUGCAUCAGCUUGUUCCGACCGGCCAACCGUCUCAAGCAAGCACUGCGCUACCGCGACUCCCGCACUGACCGCAGUUACGCGGACAAGGUGUACCACUGGACCAUCGACCUCAGCUCCGCCAUCCGCAACUCCAUACGGCUUGGAGUGGACGGCAUCAUAACCAAUUACCCGGAACGAGUGUCGACGGUUCUCAUGGAGGACCCGUUCAAGCGGGCCGUCAAGCUGGCUAGUCCGCAAGACACGCCCUGGAAAAAGGCCAACGUCGAACUGCUCAUGCCCGGCGGCGGGGGAGGUCCUAUCUCCACCGUCCUGGGCGAUGUGUCCGAGGUGCUGCAGCAGUUCUGGGCCUACGUGGUGACGCGGCUUUCGGGACACAUCUUCCGCCGGCGCAGCUCUCGAGACUAUGACGCCAACGAGGCAGACCCCCCCAUGAGUCCUCGGGAACUGGAGGAACAGCGGUACUACCGGUGGCUUCACAAAAACUUAGCCUGAGCUGUGCGACGACUGUAGACGAAACGGCGUGCGCAAUACUACGACUCGGACUCGCCCGAUAGGCCGCACUAGUGGGGCCGCGCUGGUCUCUAUAGUGGUCUAGAUCUGUCACGCAGUCUCGUAGCCUUUAGCGAACGAUCAAAAGCCACCCCAUGACAGACGGCGAUCGCCGGUUGCAUCGCAUUCAGCGACACCGAUUGCCGCUAUUCAAAAGCGGCUUGUUUUUUUUCUCCCGUGUAAUGUAGCUCCCCGUGACGCCAGCGAACCGUAAUGUAACUAGCGUCUAGACUAACGUCUGAGGUGUACAGUUGCUUCAGUAUCUGCUGUACCGUUGCAAAAAACAACGAAAGCAUAGUCGAUGGCUGUAACAGUCCGCAAAUAAUUUACAAUUAGUGAAAAAUGAGAAAACUUACUAUGAAGUUUCAUAUGUGCUGCGUGUACUGGAAGUAAGCAAAAGCAGUAAUAAUUGAUGGAGGUGGGUGGGUGAGCACGUAAAGCGCUCUGCUACUGUCUUGUUCAGGGCGCUUCGUAAGAGCGAUGGUGCCUUCAUAGAAUAGAUCUCGGCUCCUGUGUAAGAUUGCAUGUGCACAUACAUGAGUUGGCUCCUCUUAAGUUAACACUUCGGACAAAUAUCGCUACGUCUGCGCAUUGCAGUGCUACUAAUCAGUAGAUUUUUUUUUCGGUUUUCGGGGUGCCUCUGCUCCUAGCUUAUAAAAUUUUCGACAUUUGCUUCUGCACGCUCUUCCAGGUGUAUACCCUGACAGUGAGAUAAUUUGUUGUAACUUGCUCAGAUAAUUCGUUGUUCAGAGAGGGGUCUUAGGUAAACCAUGAAGAGAGCCUUCCGGCACAAAUAUUUGCAUUUACAGUUUACUGCUUGCUCUCUGUCGCUUACUCGGUAUUAGAAUGCUUCUUUCUGACAGCGUGACGUCAUCUAUCCGUGAUCUAACUGCGCUGCCGCGCCGAGAAGUCUCACGUGGCUAACAAAGAAUACUAGCCUCUAUGUUGGCAAACAACAUUCUUUCUAUGCACGCUUACACUUUGAAAAGCCCCAUAUUUUGUUUCUAAAUCGUCUUUAUUAAGGUUUUCGCAAGAAAACUCUAAAUUAAUUUCAGGCGACCGAGGAAAUCAUGGCCCCUACAUUACCGUGAGCUUCAAAUUACGCUUGCACGAACAUCUCAUGCGCGCUCAGCGGUGGGUCGAAAAUUCUGCACCUCAUCUGGUGGAUCGGCAGAAUGCGUUGUACUGGACAGUACAACGCAUUCGGCGCAUUUUCGGAAAGUAUUUCAAAACUGUUUUUUAGUUCCAAAGGACAAAGGAACAUAAAAAAGAUGCAUUAUUGAGGUUUUAGAACUUGUGCAUCUAAUUAAUCGCUGAGAAAUUACACUUUUCUGUUGUCUCGUAUUUCACAGUUUGUCAUCUAAUGACAGCAAGGCAAGCAUGAUGAGCCCGACCGCAGCGGCAAGUGCCAAGACGGGGUUCCGAUUUUGCUUUACGUUAACUCAGCGAGAUGCCGACUAGCAAAUAUAUAGAACACAUGCUCGAUACAUGUAUCACUGCAACUUGCCCCGAACUUGUAAAUGAACCUUGAGCUUACGAAGAAAUGUUUUUUUUUUUUUUCUUCACAGUUUCUUCGCGCUACAUUUCGCGUGUGUGAUUCACAUUUUUAUGGGAUAACUAAAUUGAGGAAGAAACAGUUCACCGCAAACGCAUAAGUGUAGAGUUUCCUGUCAUCGGUCACAGGAUGAAAGCAAUUGGCAGCUGCGUCUUGGCGGUAGUGGCUAGGUGAUUACUUUGCGAAGAGGCCGCAAGACAACGAACAGGCUAUUUGUGUCGCUUCGUUUACGACCCCUUGUACAGUUAUUUAUUUUAUAUUUAUUGCGACGAAUCAUGGCAAACAGGUAACUGUCUCUCACUGAACAGCGAGAUUUGCAACUAGCGUCUGCCAACAAGGCGUUAACAAUACACGACGAUGCGGUCUCCAGCUACCAUGUUAGGGCUCGAACUACAGGACAGUUGUCCUAGCGACUGCCCUGCAACAUCCGCACUGCAGAUCCUUUUGCUGAGUGCAUGACUUUGAGUUUGACCAAACCGACUGUAAAUAAACAUUGUUACUUGUC